AUGUAUGAAGUUCUCAAGUUUGCUAUUGUAUUGACUCAGUUUCAGUGUUUCACCGUUGGAAUAUACAAUAACAAAUCAAGUGAAUAUAAUUACGUUGCGUUCUUUAAACGUCUACAACAUAUCAAAAAUUUCAAUGGUUUAGUUAUUAAGGCAAUCGAGGACUCACGACCUUUUUCGAAAAAAGUACUGUUAAUUCAAAGAUACGGUCAUGGUUUUUCUGUUACGAAGAGAACGGAAGAAGAAAAACCUGAAGGUCCUCUUCAUUCUAUUUCAAGAGAAAAUUUUAAGAAACUAUACGAGAUUUUAGAAAACGCAUUGAAAAGGCUUAAUGAUUAUGAAAACGAUGGUGGGACUGACGAUAGCGAAGAGGCUGACAUGGGAAGCGACAAUGAGGAUCAUCACUUUAAAGGCACGCAGGACAACAAGAGUAAGCCUAAAGGUAAUGGAAAAGAGAAAGAGAAAUUAAAUGAGGAUCAGUCAGGCGAUUCUCCAUCGCAAGACGGAUCCGUAUGUUUUAUGCCCUGUGGAGGCGGUGGUGGUGCGUGUUUCAAUCCAUCAGCAUGUGGUUGUUCCUGCUCGGAUUGCUUACCAUGUCAACCACAGUCAUGUAUGAUGCCUCCAUGCUGUCCUUGUUGUUGUAAUCCUGGAGGAAAAAAACUGGAAGACGUCUGGAUGAUGCCAACUUUGAUCGUAUCUAAGCCUAUUCCAGCUCCUCUACCACCUGGUGAAGGACCAAAACUCUGGCUACCAUCCUGGCUAACAGAUAGGCUAGGACUUCCUCCCUCAGCUGGCGUGGGAGAAGGAAGUGGAAAGGCAGCUGGUGGUAAAUCUGGUGAAGGAGCAGCUGGUGGUGAAGCAGGUGGGGGUGCAGCUGGUGGAGGAGCUGGUGGUGAAGCUGGCGGAGGAGCAGCUGGUGGGGGGGCAGCUGGUGGUAAAACAGGUGGGGGUAGAGCUGGUGGAGGAGGACCUGGUGGGGGAGCAGCUGGUGGAGGAGCAGCUGGCGGGGAAGCAGCUGGUGGAGAAGGAGCUGGUGGAGGAGGAGCUGGUGGAGGGGAAACUACUGGUGGAGGAGAAGCUGGUGGAGCUGCAGGUGGAGAAGGGAAAGUUGGAGGAGGAGCUGGUGCAGGAGGGGCUGUUGGAGGAGGAGCUGGUGGUGGAGGAGCUGGUGGUGGAGGAGCUGGAGGUGGAGGAGCUGGUGGUGGAGGAGCUGGUGGUGGAGGAGCUGGUGGUGGGGGAGCUGGUGGUGGAGGAGCUGGUGGUGGAGGAGCUGGUGGUGGAGGAGCUGGUGGUGGAGGGGCUGCCGGUGGAGGAGGUGGUGGAGAAGGAGUUGCUGGUGGAGCUGCUGGUGGAGCUGCUGGUGGAGCUGCUGGUGGAGAAGGGGGAGGUGGAGGAGUGGCCGGUGGAGGGAAAGCUGGUGGUAGAGGGGCUAGUGUAGGGGUUGGUGGAGGGGCAGCUGGUGGUGAAGCAGCUGGUGGGGGAGCGGUUGGUGGAGGAGGAGCUGGUGGAGGAGGGGCUGGUGGAGGGGGGGCUGGGGGAGGAGGGGCUGGUCAAGGGGUGGCUGGUGGAGGAGGGGCUGGUCAAGGGGUGGCUGGUGGAGGAGGGGCUGGUCAAGGGGUGGCUGGUGGAGGAGGAGCUGGUGAAGGGGUGGGUGGUGGAGGAGGAGCUGGUGGAGGAGGAGGAGGUGGAGGUGCAGGAGGGGCUGGAGGAGGAGGAAUUGGUGGUGAGGAGGGUGGCGAAGGAGGAGCUGGUGGAGGGGAGGCUGGUGGAGGAGGAACUGGUGGAGGAGAGGGUGGUGGAGGAGCAGCAAGUGUUGGAGGAGGAGGUGCUGAGAAAACAGCUGGUGGUGGUGGAGCUGGCGGAGGUGCAGGUGGUGGUGGAGGUGCAGCAGGUGGAGGUACUAUUAGCAUAGAGGCAGGUGGUGGAGUGGGAGUUAGCGGAGGAGUAGUUAGUGGACGUGUUGGUGGUGGUAAAGGUGGAAUGGGAGGGGGAGGAGGAGGGGGAGGAGGUGAAGAAGGAAAGGGAGGAGGAGAAGGAGGUAAGAAAGGAGGAGGAAAAGGAAGUGGAGGUGGAUACUCCUUUAGUUGGAAAAUUGGUGGGAAAGAGGCUGGGGAAAGGAAAGGUUCUGGUGUCAGUAAAAUCAAUGGUAAAGUAUCUAAAGGGAAAGAAAAUGACAACAGAGAAAUGGUAACAAUGGCUGUCGAGUCAUCCAAUAUAAAACCUGAAGGGCACACAGCUUUGUUAAAUGAAGACCUCUCCCCUCAAAUUUUAGAUGCUGAAGGAAAAGAAGGGUCUCGUGACAAUAAUGCUAAUGGCAAAAUUUUUCAGAGAAAGGAACCUAAUAAUAGAGAAAUUACAAUGUCAAUUGCAGAUUUGUCUUCUGUAAAACCUAAACAGUAUAUGACU